AUGUAUGGGUACCUACCCAGUGAGCCGGCAGCGCUUUUUGGCGUCGCAUACUUUGCCAUCUCAAUGAUCGCAUGCAUCCUUCAGAUGAUAUUCGGGCGGUACAAGCACUACUGGAUGAUUACGCUUGCCAUUGCUGCUCUGGGUGAAUCAAUCGGAUGGGGAGGUCGACUUUGGGCUCAUUUUGCACCAACGGACUGGAUGCCGUUCAUGAUCCAAAUUUGCAGUCUCAUCAUCAGCCCCGUCUUCAUUUCUGCCUUGGACUAUAUUCUCUUCUGCCAUCUGUAA